GAUCUGAUAAUAGUGGAAGAAACUUUUCUUGAUUUCAUAGUUUAACCUCGGAAAUUUUCCAUUCUUUAUUAUUCUUCUUCUUCUCUCUCUUUCUCUCUCCCUCUCUCUAGUUACGGACGCUGGUUUGCUGUCAUGAAAAAAGAGCUAUUUCUUACCAAGGUACCAAGGAAACAAGAAACACGUUGAAAAUCGAGGUUUAUUCCGAGACCCAUUUCCCCAGGUCGAUUUUUGCACGUGGGUCAUCAACCUUCAAGCCUAUUUCCUCAAGAUGGAUUCUCGUUGCUUUGAUGACUACAAAGAAGACGGUGAAGGUAGAUAUGCUGAAGGAUUUGAAGACAAAUUUGGAGAUCCAGAAGUGCAGCCUCGCGUUGGGGAGGAAUAUCAAGCGGAAAUUCCUCCAUUGAUUUCAGCACCUUAUCGUUCUCUGCUUGUAAAGAAGACAAGAGAUUCAGAAAUCACGGUCAACUUGCAAGAGUGUAUUUCACUAGGGCUUCCCAUUCCUCUUAAGUGGGGACAUUGCGAAUUUGAAAGUAGUUCUGGUUACGGGAGUUUAGGAUCUAUCAGAAGCGAAGUGGGGCCAGCUAUUUCCGAGAAUGAAUGUUCGGAAACUAAAGUGGAACUUUACGCUGCUUCACGAGGUGAAGAGAUACAUAUAGGAGGGUUCUCAAAUUUUGAACCAUCUUCUAAAAGUGCUGAGAAGGAUAAGAUGAGAGGGAAGUAUCUUCUCCCUGGAUUGUUGGACGAUCAAUCUUGGACAAAUACUGAAUAUAGCAGUUUUCUUCUUGGCCUCUAUGUCUUUGGGAAGAAGCUUAAUUUUUUGAAGAGAUUUGUUGGGAGUAAAAGUAUGGGAGACAUAUUGUCUUUGUAUUACGGAAAGUUUUUUAAGUCUAAAGAAUAUUGUAGAUGGGCAGAGUGCCGAAAGUUGAGAACUAAGCGCUGUAUAUAUGGCCGGAAAAUAUUCACAGGAUGGAGGCAACAAGAAUUGCUGUCAAGAUUAUUUUCGUACUUGCCAAGGGAGUGUCACACUAGAUUGCUUGAGAUUUCAAGGAAUUUUGGGGAGGGAAAGAUGCCUUUUGAAGAAUAUGUGUUUUCUUUAAAGGAUGCAGUUGGCAUUGACUUGCUUAUAGCUGCAGUAGGUAUUGGAAAAGGGAAGCAAGAUCUCACUGGCACUGCUGUUGAGCCAACAAAGACGAAUCACAUCUUCUCUGUUCGCCCUGAAAUACCAAUUGGCAAAGCUUGCUCCUCUCUUACAUCUGCAGAUAUAAUCAAGUUUCUCACAGGAGAUUUUAGGUUGAGUAAAGCUCGAUCCAGUGAUCUCUUCUGGGAAGCUGUUUGGCCUCGUCUUUUAGCAAAAGGCUGGCAUUCUGAACAGCCUAAAGAUGUUUCUGGAUCAAAGCAGUCUUUGGUUUUUCUUGUACCGGAUAUUAAGAAAUUUUCAAGAAGGAAACUGGUAAAAGGUAACCACUACUUUGAUUCUAUAAGUGAUGUGUUGAAUAAAGUAGCAUCUGACCCUGGACUUCUUGAGACUGAAAGUCAAGCAACUGAGUGCAGUGUAGAUAGGGAAAAAACUCCUGACAAACGAGACCUGGAGGGGGUGUCAUGUGGGGAACAAGCUCAGUACCUUCAAUCUCAUCGUUCAAAGUGCAAUCAAGAUGUCAGGAAAUUUACAAUUGUAGAUACCAGCAUGGUUCAUGAUAUGAAUCAACGUAAUGUCAUACAGAUGAGAAGCUUACCUUCUGAAACUACAAAUAUAUCUACCAUCUCAAGCUGCUCUAGUGAAUCUGAGAAAGAUACAUCUUACGAAUCAAAAGAUCAGGUUCGACAAUAUAGAGCUUUGAAUGCUAUCAAGGGUCAUGUUGAGCAAGAUAAUGCUUCAAGUGCUAUUGAAAACCAGGUUGAAAAAUCUCAUGUGUCAAGCUCUAUUGAUGAAUGGGUCGAACAAGCUCAUGCUUCAAGCCAUAUUGAAGACCGGGUUGAACAAGCUCAUGCUUUGAGCCCUAUUAAAGAUCGAGUUGAACAAGCUCAUGCUUCAAGCCUUAUUGAUGAUCGGGUUGAACAAGCUCAUGCUUCAAGCCUUAUUGACGAUCGGGUUGAACAAGCUCACGCUUCAGGCCCUAUAAAAGAUCGGAUUGAACAAGCUCAUGCAUCAAGCUCUGUUGAAGAUCAAUUUAAACAAGCUAACUCUUUCUAUCCUAUUCAAGGUCAGGUUGAACAAGGUAAUUCCUCCAACCCUAUUGAAGAAUUCUCUUAUAAGGGGUUGUGUAUAGACUCAUCAAAUUGUACUUGCGUUCCUGAGGCCCUCAGCAUCAAUAAAGACGGAAAAUAUCAUAGAUUUCAUUCUGAUUUGCAUAAUGGUGAGCAUUUAAGGGAGAUCAAUGAGCAUUCCCAUACACAAAAGAUGACAACCGAUUGCACAAUUCCCUGCAUCACGGCAAUGCAGAAGUUAAGAGCUUGUAACCAUCAAGAAAAUAGUCACUGCACUAAAAGUACUUCUGUGGAUAGAAACUUUGAUUUAAAUGAACCAAUCUCACCAUCAAAUCUGCAAGAAGCAUCUGAGGACAUGGUUUUUUCUAUGGGUUCUGGAAAUUUGUCUUUACCAAAUUAUCUGGCUAAAGGCAGUCCGUCGAACAUUAGCCAUGAAGGUAGUGUCAGCGAGAACCGCCUGGUUAGAGAAGAGUCUGCAGAAAAUUCUGAAACCAGGAUGUUGAUUGACUUGAAUUUUCCUCAAGUUGCCCCUGAUUUAGGACUUGAAAUGGAAAUACCAUCCUCUGGGGUAACAGUGCAAAAUGACAAUCAAUUUGCAAAUGCAUCAUCUUCUCCAUCUGAGAUAACACAAUUCAAUGCCACACAGGAGUUUCCUGAUGGAAACAACGAGCAGCAGUCUAUCCUUGUCAACCGUCGUCAGAGCACUAGGAACCGACCGUUGACCACAAAAGCAUUGGAAGCACUUGAGUACAGAUUUAUCAACUCAAAGAGGAAAAGAAAGAACACAGAAUGUUCAGACAAUAAUCCAAAGUCCAAGUGUGUUCGUGUAAGUAGCGACACAAUUGUUAGUGGCACCUGUGAUGAUGGCAUUGAGGAUUCUAUGGUGGACACAAGAGCAGAGGAGGAGAAUAUUAUCCAGGCAUAUAGUUAUGGCAUCGAUCUUAAUAGGGGCCCUCCGUAAUUUGUGUAAAAGGUUAGGCUAACUUCUUCUUCAGGGGCCAUCCAUUUCAUAAAUAUUUCUAGUCUUCACUCUAAACUGCUUAUAAUUUCAUUGUUUCAAAUGUAUCCAUAAAUCAUAAAUAUACAUGAAGAUCAAAGUCAUCUGUCCAUAUUCA